AUGGACCCCAUCAAGGAUGACUCGGUCGGGGCAAAUAGCGAUGAGAGCAGACUCAUCAGCCUCGGUCACAAACCUGAGCUCAAGCGAACAUAUAAUUUUUGGAGCUGUGAGGCGUUUGUUCUCAAGUCCAUUGAGAAAAUGCUAAUCGGGGUGGAUAGUGAUGGCAUACCAAACUACGAUUUUAUGUUCAUGGAGUUGCAAUAUCGUCAUGUUCUAUUAUAUAUUCACCCUGGGUGGACCAGUAUGUCUGGUGUGGGGGACCGUGGUGGUCACUAUUGGGCAAAUCUUGGUGAUGGCAUCUUUGGCAGAAUACUGUUCCAUCUGGCCAACGGCUGGCGGUCAACAGUUCUAUACUCAGUUGCGCCCGAAAGGUCUCGCCGGUUCCUGUCCUACUUGGUUGGCUGGUGUGUAUUAGUGGGAGAGAUCUCGACAAGCUCCAGUUGUGCCUUGAACAGCGCAGAGAUCGUGGCCGCUUUGGUUGAGAUCAUUCAUCCAGAGGUGCACUGGGAGCGUUAUAUGACCUGGCUCAUCUACACCGGCUUUCUCGUUGCACCGGCACUGUCGAACUUGAUCCCGAAGUACCUUCCCUUUUUGCAGCUCUUUGGUGCAUUCUUCAACCUUUCCAAUGCUUUCAUCUGGGCUAUUGUUUUCCUGGUCCUGGCCGACAAGAAUAGCGCCAAAUUCGUCUUCACCGAUUUCAUCAACACCUCUGGCUGGUCAUCAAAAGGCUGGGUGUUUAUUCUCAGCAUGUAUGUGCCAAUAUACGGUCUUUACGGCACAGACGGGGUGAUGCAUUUGGUCGAAGAGAUGAAAAAUGCUUCCCGUGACGCUCCGCGAGUCAUGAUCUGGUCAAUGGUAUGGGCUGGCGUUACCGCUUGGCUUUCAGCCAUCGUCAUGUGUUUUACUGUGGGACCAAGAUGGGAGGAGUACCUCCAGGAAACUUCGUCAUACGUGGCAUGGUUUAUGGACGCACUCGAUUCGACCUAUGGGGGUGGCAUAUGGUGCGCUGUGAUGAUGAUGGGCUUGAAUUAUCUCAUCAUUGUCAACAUGAACACUGCCGGUUCUCGUCUUGCCUGGUCCAUGGCUCGCGAUCGAGCAUUCCCUUUCUCCGACUAUUUUGCACAGGUCAAUAAGCGCUUCACAAUGCCACUGCGAGCUAUGAUCGGCUUCAUCGUCCUGAACCUAUUGGCAGGUCUUCUCGUACUUGGCAGCAACCUCGCCUUCUACGCCAUCAUCUCCGGAGGCGGUGUCACUCUGCAGGUUUCUUACUGCAUACCGAUACUGUGCGUGGUCCUAAAGGGUCGACAAUACCUGCCUCCGCGCCCACAUUUCGAUCUUGGCCGCUGGGGAUAUCCUGUCAACAUCGCCGCCCUGCUGUGGAGUAUCAUUGUUGUUCUGUUUUACAUUUUCCCGCAAUACGUGCCGGUGGUCGGUGCGAUAGAAAACAUGAACUGGGCAAUUGCGAUUCUUGCAGCAGUGGUGCUUUUCGGAGGGGUUUACUGGGCUGUGAAGGGCAGACACGAGUACUUGGUCUGUAGCAAUUCGAUUCUUGAUGACAAUGUUGUUAUUCAUGGGCAAGUUAUGGUCAUGGGACGAGACGCUGCGGCGACGUUCGGACAGCCUAAGAGGGAGAAAUAA